AUGAAUCCCUUCGGCAACUCAGGAGGCGGCGACGAUUUCUUCGGCGGCAUGGGCGGCCCCUUCGGCGGCAUGGGCGGCCCCUUCGGCGGUCCAAUGGGCGGUAUGGGAGGAAUGAUGGGAGGUGGCCCCCCUCCCAUGAUGGGUCGCGGCGGUGGUGGUCCUAUGGGCGGCGGAAACCCGCGUCAAGGCGGCUACUCAUUCUCCUCUACCUUCGACUCCUCGCGCCCUGAAGGCCAACAGUAUCAAGAGCACCACGAGCCCUUCGGUGACUACGCUGGCAGCCGGGGUGGUGGUGGCGGCGGUCCUAUGAGCGGCAUGGGCGGCGGUGAUCAUGAAUCAGCCCCGCGUGGUAGUAGUGGUCGCGGCCUCAUGUUCUCCGGUCUCUCACGCGCAGACAACCCCUUCCGCCAGUCACGCACUCCUGGUGUGAGCCGCGCCCAAGAACAGCCUACCUACGGCCAACAGCGCUACAUGGACGAGGAUACCCGCGGCGGUCAUGUAGAUCCGCGGUAUGGAGGCGGAUACGAAGACCCGCGUGCUGGUGGACAGUAUGGUCAUGGUGGAGGUCCAGGCCGCAUGUUUGACUAUGGUGGUCGUCAACAACCUUCGGGUCGGCAGGGCUACUACGAUGAUGAGUCGGAUUCAGAGGAUGAAGGGUAUAGGCCGCAGCAGCGGUAUGCUCCUCAGCAGGGUUAUGGUGGUGGUGGUGGUAGUUCGCGUCGUGCUGGCGGUGGAGGAGGAGGCGGUGGUGGUGGACGCCAGUUUUUCAACUUCGAUCGUAAUGGGAGGAGGAAUAACUAG